AUGGCCGACGACAAAUUGAAUGCCUUUGCGGCCGCCAUCGAGGAUGCAGUGCAGGAUGACAGUCGCAGUAAGGCGAUCCUCAUUGUCACCUCUGUCUUCCUGGGCAUCUCCCUCUCGAGUGUGCUGCUGCGAGUCUUUGUGCGAACUCGCAUCGUGCGCGCAUUUGGAUGGGAUGAUGGAAUCAUGCUUUGCGCAAUGGGAUUGAACCUCGCCUUUGCGGUUUGCGGCAUCAUAGGCACCAAGUACGGCAUGGGGAGGAAACUCCUUUACUUUGCCCAGUAUCCAGAUCACCUCCGUCACGCCCUGCUGUGCUGGUGGCUGGGUCAGAUCUUCUACGUGAUCACCUGCGUCGUCGCCAAAAUCUCCAUCAUUAUCACCCUCCUUCGCAUCACUGUCGAUCGAAUCCAUGCGUGGAUCUUAUACACGGCGAUGGCGCUGGCCGUCGCGGUCGGUGCCACCUUCCUCUUCUUCACCAUCUUCCAGUGCAACCCGGUUCCCUACUACUGGCACCAAGGAUCCACCAGUGCGCACGGUACUUGCAUCAACAAGAACACGCUCAUUGCCAUCGCGUAUCUCUACAGCGUCGGCGCGGCGAUCACCGACCUCACCAUCGGCCUUCUCCCUGUGGCGCUGAUCUGGAACCUGCGCAUGAACGCGAGGACCAAAGUUGCCAUUGCCGGCAUUCUCGGCAUCGGGUGCAUUGCGAGUGCCGCCGUGAUUGUUCGCAUUCCAUUUGUCCAUCACUACAAGGAUCGUGAGGUUUUGUACAACACUUUCCAAAUCUCCAUCUGGUCCAAUGUCGAAGCCGGCCUCGGCAUCACGGCCGGAUGUCUCACGACUCUCCGUCCCCUCUUCCGAUUUCUUCGCGACGGCUCCUCCGCGUCACGAAGUCGCCGCACCCCGGGACCCGGUUCUUUCCCUCUCUCCAGUCAAGUGCCGCAUGGCGCGAAACCGUCCCGAUCGAAUUUCAAUCACCCCGAGUCCCCGCAAUUAUGGUCGGUGAGCGGGCAUGAUGAGUAUGGCGGGGUGACCACCACCAUCAUGGGUAGCCACCACGCCAAUCCGACUAGCAGCAGUGAGGAAGAUUUGAACCCCGUUGUCGAUCAAAACCUGGGCAAUGGAUGGAAGGUCGAACGGUCAGUUCGGGUGUCUGUGCGCGAUGAUUCAUGA